AUGACUAAAAUACUUAUCUUUUUUUUUACAUUAAGUAGCUUUUUUUCGUAUAUUUUUACAUGCAUUCAUGUUGAAGACACUUUUAAAAUUAAACUAAAAAAAAUAAAUACUGGAGAUUUUUUAAAAAUAUGUUGCAACAACUUUUGUUCUUAUUUGAAAUAUGAUGUAACUAAAAAAACAUAUUUACUGAUUAAAAAAAAUGUUGCAUUGUAUAGUUGUACAAAUAUGAUGAAGCUAUAUUAUUCUAACGGUCAUUCCUAUUUUACACAUUUUCUUUUUGUCAACAUUGAUCAAGUAAUUGAAUUUAUUGAUUCUUUUGAAGAAGAAAAAAAAAAAUUCCUUUUUUGGAAACCUUUCUUUGAAUUAAUAGAAAUAAUUAAGGAAAAAAAAUACAUUUAUAGUCCUCUAGGAUAUUAUCAGAAAAACAAUUUUAAUUCAAAAAAUAAAUUAAAUUAUUACAAUAAUAAUGAAUUAGCUAAUCAUACAAAAAAAUACAGUAUUUGUGAAGAAAAAAAAAAAAAAGAAGAAGAUACCAAUACUAAAAAUGAUGAAAUUUUUGAAAAAUGUAAAGAUUAUCUUAAAAAGCAUAAUAAAAAUAAUAUUUAUAAUAUGGGUUCGUUAAUACAAAACUUUAGAGAAAUAAUUGUUGAAAUGAAAAAAGAAAAAAUUGAUAUUUUUGGUAAUUCAAAACAUGUUGCAAAUAAAUUUGGAUAUUCUAAUAAUAUAAUUAAUAAUAAUAAUAAGAACUCAAGUAAUAUAGUAGAAAAAUAUAAUUCAUUUCAUAAAAUAUGGGAAAAUUAUUUAAAGAAAAAUAUUUUUAUUUAUAAUCCUAUAUUUUUAUUUCUAUUUGAAGAUCAAAAUAUUUGGAAUUUUAGUAUAAAAGAGAUUGAUACAAGUUUAGAUACAAAUUAUAAAAAAAAAGGAAAUAUGCAGAAGAAAAAUUAUAAAGAAUUUUUGCGAAAAGAAAUUGUAUUAUUUCUUUUUAUUAUUUUAACGAUACUUGUUCAAAUAUUUUUAAAAAGAAAAAAAUGUAAAAUAAAAGCUGGAAAAAAAUACACAAAAAAUAAGUACAGAAUUACUCAAAACAGACUUGCUGAAAUUCAUGUAGAAUAUAAUAACAAAAUACAAACAAAUGUUGGUUCUAAAAUAAAAGAUAUUACAGAUGAAGAUUUGAUAAAUUUAAUGGCCCAUAAUAAAGCAGAGAUAAUAAUUGUUUGUCAACCUUAA